ACUUACCUUUUCAUUUGUUUGUCUCUUGACUUUGGUUUAUAUUUUUUUCAUUAAAUUGUUUCUAUUUAAUUACUUUAUAUUUUUCUUUUUUUAUUGAUUAUUUAUCAACCUUUUGUCUUUAUCUUCGCCUUUUAUUGUGAAAAUGGUUAGCCAACUACAGGAGCUUCAAAAUGGUAUAUUUGAAAGUCUUGAAGUACUUUCUUUCAACGAGUAUGUUGUUAACCGAAAAGAAUGUAAAAAUUUUAUUCUCAAAAGGGAACUCUUUGGUCGUCCUGAUCAUAAAGCUUUUGAGGUCAUAAUGAUUUUUCUGGUGAAAUGUCUCAAAAAUUCUCAAGCUUUGUCUCAAUUUCGAUACUGUUAUCCUUGCCUGGACAAGAAUCAAGAAGCUGAAUUCAGGAAAGUUACCAUUGAAUUUUUAAAAUCACUUGAAAAGAUUGAUAGCAGUCUGAAGUUUACUCCUAUUUACGCUGUUCAGCCUGGAGGCGAAGCCUUUUGUUCAUACUUUUUGAAUCUCAUAAACUAUGUCAUGACCAAAGUCUUGAAAGAUAAAUUUUCAGUGGAAGUUGAAUCUGAUCUCAAUGAUUUCAGAUUAGCAGAGCGAGCUGAUGAUGAAUCUACUAAACUUGCCGAGCUAAAGUCUAACUAUGAUGAUCUGGACCAGAAAAUGUUAAUCGAACUAGAAUACUUUGAAUUGAGAAAAAGAUCUCUAGAAACCGAAUGGGAUAAUAUAUGUUUUGAAUAUGCGAAAACUGUUAAUGCUGCUUGUGUACAAAUUCUUGGAGGAACUGGUAACUCUAUGAAGGAUAAUGAAUUAAUUGCUAAUGUUAGACAAUCUGUUGUGGAUUUGAACGAUAUUGUUAAUGAAAAGAUCAUCGAUCUAAAGAGACUAACUGGAUGCAUCUCACCCAAGAUUGAAAUGUACAACACUCUGGCUGGUUACAGUUUGAAUUCAUCGAGUAAUCAGUUAUUUGAUUUAAGACAAUUUUCCAAUGAAUGUGAUUUAAGCAAAUACUUUGUUCGCGGAUGUUUCAAUCUUGAAUUAGUGCACAAAGAUGUGGAUAAGUUCAUCAAAAAGUUCAAGAACUCGAUUGAAAAUUGGGCUCCAAUAAGUGAAUGUAAAAACCUUUCUUCGCAUUACAAUCUCUUCAAUCAAGAACUUGAAAAAAUGACCCUCAAAAUCCGUGAAAAAGUUGAUAAAAUGAAAGCUGAGAGAGAAUCACUGCUCGAGAAAAUCUCUUCUAAACGUCAAUCGUUAUUGCGAACAAAUCAAGUCCAACAAAGGAGGAAAUGGUUCGCUGAGAAAAUGCCAUCACAUUUUCCAAAAAUUAAAUUCAUUUUUGGUGAAAAUUCAAGGAGCAAUCUAACAGAUUCUUGUACCGAUUCCGAUUUAACAGGUUCUCCAAUAGUAUCAACCACUCCACCAGAUAUGUCCAAAAAUCGUCUCUUACGAAACACUGCUUUCGAAUGGUCUUUCCAUCCACUGGACAUUAGUCGUUUCUCUUACGUAGCCCCAACUGCCCCAGAGAAACCGAUCCUUUCUCCAUUGAAAGAGGAAACUUCAAUUCGAUCAAUGUCCAGUCAAAACUCAUCCAUCAGCCUGGACAUGGGUUUACUCUGAGAUUGUCAACAAAUCAGUGUUAAUAAAACAGAAGAAAAAAACUUAUAAGUGACAAGAGAUUAUCGGUCGUCGGUUUGAUCGUUAAAACUUUUCUAUAAAAAUUGAAAACGUCAACAUCAUCGUCAUUAACCAUUAUCGUCAUCACGAUCAUUAUCCUCAUCAAUUUAUUUUACUCCAAAUACACGUGAACACAACCCGGGAAAGAAAACAUCACCCGUUUCUCAGUGUUGAUUUAGCUUCAUCUGAAUUUAUUUAUUCCAAGAAGCUGAUUACCAGGAGCUGAUCAGUUCAUUUGAAGCUACAAUUUAAAUGACAAAAAAUAUUUACCAUGACAGUUAAAAUAGAUUAGAGAGGAAAACUAUAAACAUGAUCAACACAAUGGAUUUGCCUUUUUUUUAUCACCAUCGCAACAAUUUAAAAAAAAUUCUCCAGACUUAAAUUAACCAAUUAACUUAUCCAAGGACUCAAUUGUUAUUGUUGUUAACUAUUAAAUACUUAACCUUUAGCCAUGAACCCAUCAUCCAAUUGAGACCACAAGAGAAUAGGGGGAAAAAGCAACUCUCAUCAUCGCCAACUGUUGACUUAAUUUUUUCUACUCUUGUAUUAUCAUCUGUUGACAAAAUAAAUUGUCAACCAAAAUUAAUAAUUGCACAUAAAUUUGCGACAAA